CAACUAUUCACUAUCUAAGCUAAAUGCUAAAGCUGAACGCAUGAAUAGAAAGAUCAAAAUGAUUGCUGCCAAAAAGAAAAAAAAGAUAUUUCCUACCACAAUUGAGAAAGGUUCGAAGCAUGUCGACUGCUUUUCUCUUGGCCCUCCUUCGAGCGUAUGCCAAUACUGUGCAGCUGUUAUGUGGAAAGAAGAAAGUACAUCUCGGUCUCGAAAGUCAGGGUCUUCAAAAUUUUCUCUUUGUUGCAAAAAAGGCAAAGUAAAACUUCCUCCGGCUCGAGAACCUCCUGAAUUCUUAAGAGAUCUAUUGCAGUCAAACAGUGAAGCUGGCAAGCACUUUCGUGACUGUAUCAGGAUGUAUAAUGGUGUCUUCUGCUUUAGCUCAAUGGGUGGAAAGAUUGAUCACGCUUUGAAUAAUGGACGUGGCGUCUAUGUAUUUUCUAUUGGAGGCCAAAUUUAUCAUCAAAUUGGCAGUCUGUUACCCCCAGUAGGAUCCAGUGCGAAGUUUGCUCAAUUGUACAUUCAUCAAACUGAGACAGAAGCUGAGAAUCGUCUCCAAGCAAUUGGU